GUGAAGCUCGCUGCAGCUGUGAGCAGAAGAUCUGCGUCUGCAGGAGGACGAGGAGCUGGAUCAGAACAUCUGCAAACCAGAUGGAGAAGUACGAGAAGAUCGGGAAGAUCGGCGAGGGCUCCUACGGCGUCGUCUUCAAGUGCAGGAACAGAGACACGGGACAGAUCGUGGCCAUCAAGAAGUUCGUGGAGUCCGACGACGACCCCAUCAUCAAAAAGAUCGCGCUGAGGGAGAUCAGGAUGCUGAAGCAACUGAAACACGCCAACCUGGUGAAUCUGAUGGAGGUGUUUCGCCGUAAACGGAAGCUUCACCUGGUGUUCGAGUACUGCGACCACACGGUGCUCAACGAGCUGGACCGCCAUCCCAGAGGCGUCCCGGAGCAUCUCGUCAGGAGUAUAACCUGGCAGACCGUCCAAGCCGUCAACUUCUGUCACAGACAAAACUGUAUCCACAGAGACGUGAAGCCGGAGAACAUUCUCAUCACCAAACAUCAAGUCGUGAAACUCUGCGACUUCGGCUUCGCCAGGAUCCUCACGGGCCCGGCUGACUACUACACGGACUACGUGGCGACUCGCUGGUAUCGGGCCCCCGAGCUGUUGGUGGGGGACACGCAGUACGGCCCCCCCGUUGACGUGUGGGCCAUCGGAUGCGUGUUCGCCGAGCUGCUGUCCGGAGUUCCUCUGUGGCCCGGGAAGUCCGACAUGGACCAACUGUACCUGAUCAAAAAGACUCUUGGAGAGCUGAUCCCUCGACACCAGCAGGUCUUCAGCAACAACCAGUUCUUCUGUGGAGUCUCCAUCCCAGAGCCACAGGAGAAGGAACCUUUGGAGCAAAAAUAUCCAAACGUGUCGCAUCAAGCUGUGGGUCUGAUGAAGAGCUGUCUGAGGAUGGACCCGGCUGAGCGGCUGAGCUGCGAGCAGCUCCUCCAGCACCCCUACUUCGACAGCAUGAGAGGACGCAGCGAGAGCUCGUCUCGGGAGCGGAGCCGGAACGUCGACAGGAGGACUCUGUUACCUCGCAGACAGCUGCCCCCGGGGUAUUUGCCACAGCUGACGGGCAGCAGCAUCUUCCCAGCUCCGGACAAUAAAAAGUACAACAACCUGCGCAGGUUCAACUACCACCUCCCCAACAUCUAAACGUCUC